UCCGCUCUCAAACUCACAGGAAGAAGCGGCGCAAGAGCAUUCUCGAGCGAGCGCUCAGCUGAGAGAGCUCCAGCGAGCUGAGCUGACAAGAGUUUGUCCGUCGCCGGCAGGAGGAAACAAACCACGGGGGCUUAAACGUCCUCGACAUGACGACAAAAACCUCCCCUGACCGAAACGGAUAUCCUUAACUACACGCUGGACCCUGUUCGGUUCCCGUGGAUGGCUUAGCGGUCGAGUUAUGCGCAGUUGAAAAUGAGGGAGCUUGUGUUUUUUCUCCCUCGUCGUCCAGCGAGAGGACAAGAUGGCAGCGCGAGCGCGUCGAGCAUGUAGUGGGUGCGAAUUAAACCCGAACAUGUUCACAAAAAACCCGCGGUCCGACCACAGCUGCUGUCUGUGAAGGUAUGGCCUCACAGGUUACGGUCUGCCCACCACAUGUUUAUCAAACCCAGACAAGUGCCUUUUGCAGAGCGAAGAAAAUCAAUCCCAGCAGCUGUGUUUACCAUGAGAAGAUCCCUCGCACUUACGUGGUCGGUGUGAAUCUAGGCAUUGCGCACCCUACGGAUAUUAUACCUUUAUCGAGAAUCGAAGCUUUGACUAGCGAGAAACCCUGCGUCGCAUGGGACAUCUCGAAACAGACUGAUACAGCUCCACAGGAGCUCCUCGGAAGUGCUUCCUCGCCAUACAAACGUGUGGCAUCGGAGGACGACCUUCAGUAUUUCUCCAGAGCGGCCGCGGCAGUUGAAAAAGAAAGUGGAGACGGUGGCCAAAACAGCCAAAGUAGUAGAAGCAGUGGCGGUGCUCCAGAAGGGGCGGAGCGGAUCGAGAGAAACGGUGGUUUGAAUUCGUUCGACGGAACCCAAAGAUGUGGGUUUAAAUGCAAAGGGGAGGAGCUUGAGAACGGCAAGAGCAUCAUGCAGAUAGUAGAGGAGCAUUCGACUCUACCUGCCAUGUUGCAAACAAACGUUGGGAGCACGACUGCAGUAGGCGUGGCCCCGCCCGUGCAGAACGCAACUGGGACGGGAGCCGUGAGCGGGACAGGUGAUGGCGAGUAUCAGUUGGUCCAACACGAAGUGCUGUGCUCCAUGAAGCACACCUACGAAGUGUUGGAGUUCUUGGGACGUGGUACGUUCGGUCAGGUGGUCAAAUGUUGGAAGCGAGGCACCAAUGAGAUCGUGGCGGUGAAGAUACUGAAGAACCACCCGUCGUACGCCCGCCAGGGCCAGAUCGAGGUGAGCAUCCUGGCCCGACUGAGCGGGGAGAAUGCCGAGGAUCACAACCUGGUGAGGGCUUUCGAAUGUUUCCAGCACAGACACCACACAUGUCUGGUGUUUGAGAUGUUGGAGCAGAACUUGUACGACUUCCUCAAGCAGAACAAGUUCAGUCCGUUGCCGCUGAAGGUGAUUAGGCCCGUUCUGCAACAGGUGACCAUGGCGCUGAAGAAGCUCAAGAGCUUGGGCCUGAUCCAUGCCGAUCUUAAACCGGAGAACAUUAUGCUGGUAGAUCCUGUGAGGCAGCCCUUCCGUGUGAAAGUGAUUGACUUUGGCUCUGCCAGCCACGUCUCCAAAGCUGUGUGUUCGACGUACCUGCAGUCUCGCUACUACAGGGCUCCAGAGAUCAUCCUGGGCUUACCCUUCUGUGAGGCCAUAGACAUGUGGUCACUGGGCUGCGUCAUCGCUGAGCUCUUUUUGGGCUGGCCGCUUUAUCCAGGAGCACUGGAGUAUGACCAGAUUCGUUACAUCUCUCAAACUCAAGGGUUUCCCGGAGAGCAGCUUCUGAACGUGGGGACGAAGACGGCCCGAUUCUUCUGCAAGGAGUCCAAUUUACCAUACGCCACAUGGAGACUGAAGACGACUGAAGAACAUGAGAAAGCAACAGGACUGAAGUCCAAGGAGGCGAGGAAGUACAUUUUCAGCUGUCUAGAUGACAUUGGACAUGUGAAUCUAAUGCUCAACAUGGAGGGCUGUGACCAGUUGGCGGAGAAGGCUGACAGGAGAGAAUUCGUGCACCUGCUAAAGAUGAUGCUGAUGAUUGAUGCCGAUCAGAGAAUCACCCCUUCAGAUGCACUUACCCACCCUUUUGUCACUAUGCAGCACCUGAUGGAUUUCCCCCAUUGCAACCAUGUCCAGUCUUGUUUCCACAUCAUGGACGUGUGUCACUCAAGAACCAGCAUGUACGAUACUCUCAACCGCAACAAAGCACCCCCACUUAUGAAGCCUGUGACGCUUCCAAGUGCUCCAAAUAUCACUGUCGCCUUCAACAAAAUGCCAUCUGUCCACUCUCAGACCCUGGCACCUUCUGCUCCACCUGUGGUGCAUCCAGGAAUUCCCAUCCAGACAGGAAGCGCCCAGUUUGGGUGUAACGAGUCCUUUCAGCAGGCACUCAUUCUAUGCCCUCCUACUCUUCAAGGAAUCCCUUCAAACCCAAAUCAGCCAGGAGGAUAUUCGGUUCGAAUGGAGAACACUCUUUCUCUGGUGACCCAAGCCCCAGCUAUCCAGCCUUUACCCAUGAGACCAGGAGUUAUAGCACAACAGCCGUGGUCCAACAGAACUCCACAGAUCCUGGUGCCAGCUUGGCAGCAGGUCCCGCCACCUGCUACGAGCUUGGCAUGCGAUACAGUUGUUGGACCGCAGAGGCGAGGAGAUUGGGGGAAAGUGCGGCCACACAGCAGCCAUUACGGUUCGGUGAUGCCCCAGCCUAUUGUUCCCAACCAAAUGGCUGUGUCAGCCCAUCAGCCUAUAAACAUUGGCAUUGCUCAUGUGGUCUGGCCUCAGCCUGCAUCCAACAAGAGGAACAAACCCAGUCAGAACAGGAGUAUGAAUGUCUCGCACUACACGGACACACAGCCCUCAGUGUGUCCGUCACCAAAGAUGGCGGACAGGUUGGCGAGUGCGGAGCCACAGCCGAGCUCUCCUGACAGAGAGGUGCAGGCCCAGGUGAAACCGGAGCAGGUGGAGGAGAAGAGUUGCUGUAAGGCGGCGGUGGCCAAUCAGCAGCGAGAGUCUGUUAUUAUCAGAGAGUCACCCAGCCCGGCUGUAAGCGUCAUUAGCAUAAGCAGCGGCACAGAUGAAGAGGAACAAGCACAGAGGUGUAAGGGCAGUCCGGAGUGUGAGGCAUGCACAGGCUCUCUGAACAUGGAGCGAGUGUGUUCCCUCAGCAGUCCUGAUAGCAGUCUGAGCACCAGCUCCUCAGCCUCGGCACAAUCCAGCCCCUCGCCAUGCAAAAGACCCAGCAGUAUAUCAGAAGAUGACGGCCAUGAAAGUGGGUGUGAAACAGUAGACAGCUCACCCCCUUCAGACUCCUCCCUAGGGCCCCACGACAGCCCCUUCCCUGAAAGACGCUUUCUGACCAAUCAAAACCAGAACCGGAAACCCCAGGCCAGGCGUGGACACCCCAACACAGUGCUGAAUAAACCUGCGGUGAGGACCGUGGUGGUGCCGCCCAUGAGAGUGCUGAACAAUAACCAUCACCCCAACAAUGAGCAGCUCACAAUCGGCACAGUCUUAGAAUCCUCCUGCCAGCCCAGAGGUCGCUACGGCCCAGGACGACUGAGCCACCUUUCCACACCCACGCUGCCUCGCCAGCAGAAACUGAGCUCUUCAUUCCAGCCACAGCCGCCAGGCUUUGGCCAGGUCCAGCAUUACGGGUCUUUCCACAAGGAGUGGAACGGCAACUACCGGCAGCCGCGCCGGCCACAGGCCUUCAUCCCGCCCACAGUGCACGGCCCCACCUUCCCGCUUCCCCAUGGCAGCCCCACACACUCGGCCGGUCACCCGCCACCUCCCGCCCUCCUCUCCUAUCCGCCUUCCGCGCCCGUGGCCCACCUCUUGCCUUCGCCGUGCCCACCGCCGGCCCCUCGGCCCAUCUUGCAGCCCGCCUACAGCCUAGUGCACCACCAGGGCAUCAGCGUGGGCAUCAACCACAGGCUGCUGCCCUCCCCCACCCUGCUCUCGCAGGGCCAGUUCAAAGCCCUCUUUCCCCCGCACUCCUAUGUGGCGUCACCCGUCUACGCAGGCUUCCCCCUCAGCCCCAGCAAACUCAGUCAGUACCCAUACAUCUGAGCUGGAGCCCGCGGCAGCCACGCGCACGCAGCCGGCACUGAGCCGCCACAUGUUUCUUUUCUUAUGAAGUUUGACAACAGUGAUGAUGAUGAUGCAAAUCGAGCUUUAUAGAUAUCAUGGAGAAUAAAACAAACGAAUGCGUGAGUGAGCGAGUGGACACAAAACACAAAAGCUCACUUUUAAUGUGUUUUUGCACAUUUGAUACAACAAAAUCCCUAGUCGCGAGACCCUCGGCGGAGGGAUCCCCUAUGCUAUUUUUUCGAUAUUGCCUUCUGACGUGUGUAUUGGACUCUCGUUCAAGCCAUCGCUGUCUCCAGUGUGCGUGCGAGUCCCCCUUGUGGAGACCUGGUGUUACCUGUCCGUAUUUUCCUGUAGCUCCUCAGUGUUAAGUCUCCUUUAGACCGGUGUUGAAAAGGUUCUGUCAUGCUGCAUGUCUCUGCAUGGGCAAAAACCAAUGUUGGACUUCAAAAAAACGGGGGGGGGGCCCUGCAAACCGUCGCUUUUCACCCUCUGUGUAUGUGUUGUACGACUUGCUGCAUUGAAUCCAUUGGGGUUCAAUAAACAGUGCCUUAAAAUACAUGUUGUUGCAAGUUACCCCGAGUCCCACAUGCAGUCACGCGUGUACCAGACUGCAGCACUUGAAAAACCUUCAAUCGUUCUUUGUGAUUUUUACAUUAGGGCUGUUUCAUACCGUAGAUAUUUGGUUUUUCGUGCUUGGUGCAUUAGCGCAUUCGUUGUCUUACAUAAUCUAUACAUCGGUGUCGUUUCUACUUAUUUAAUUCAUCUCUUGAGAUCGCGACGGGAAUUUUUGUUCAGAAAGACGAUUGGGUGUCGAUCCAAACACGGCCUAAUGGGUCUCAUGUCAAUAAAAUCUUGCUAUUUGCGCCAAGAUUUGGCUCAUGAUUUGCCCUUUAGAACAGGCGAAAUAUUUUGUUUGACGCCUUAGAUGAUUUGCGCAUUAUUCGGAAGCGAAACAGUCCUUUACGCAUGGUAUUUACAGAUGGAUGUAUUGUGCUGAGUGGUAGCAGAGUUUGAUUCUUCGAGGAUAACGUGCUUCGCCGUAGCAGAGGCCGAUGAACUAUGUAUAGAAACGUUUGAGUACUUUCCUAUUUGAUAAUCUGUUUCUAAUCUAAUAGUAUUUACACUGUUUAAUGAAACUGCAAUACAAUCCAUAGUUUUCGGGGUGUGUUUUUCGUUUUCUUUCCAUCGAUUCUGUUAUUUUUAGAGUUAGAAGUGUUGUCGGUGUUGGAUUUGUAUCAGCAGAUAGCUCUUUGAUGAUAUUGUAUGGUUUCAUGUUUGCUUUGUGCAGAAUUAUUCAGUAUUGAGUAUCCAACUGUAAAGUCUGUCAUUGCUGGAGUAUUCAGUGCUUUAUAAGAUGAGAGUUGAUCGUGUGCAGUUUUCUUCAUAGAUGCAUGUGACAAGAUUGGAGUGUUUUGUAUUCCCUCUCUCACCAUUUAAUAGCUUUUUUGACGCUGGCUGUUUUGAUUUCAAACAUUCCGUCAGGGAGAAAUAGCUUUUUUUCUGUGUGAAUUUUUUUUUUUUAUUAUUAUUAGAUUUGAGUUUUUCCAUUAUAGGUGCAUCCUUUCAUUAUGCUUUCGCUACACCAAAGACAGUAAUUCAUUUCUUAAGCAGAGUAGCUACUGUUUUAGCGUAGACCUCGAACGUAGUGUAGCUGAGGCUGUAUUUAACAGAAAAAUCGAUGUAAAAAUGUUGAUGUUUAGCUUUUUCGGGCAAGUUAUGACUUUGUUUCAUUUAUUCUUGAAUGUAUCAUAGAUAAGCUGCUAUAUACUGAUUGCCACUUCAUAAUAGCUGUGAAAUUAGAUGAUUAACUUUGUUCUUAGCCUUCUUAUUUUUAUAUAUGUCUAAUGACCUUGAAAUAGAAGUGAGAUUUUUUUUUCCCCGUUUUUGUUUUUGUUUUUUUGGGUUUUACCGUACUGACUGGCAUCAGAAGCAUUUUAAUGCCUCUCUCUGUUUUGCUUUCUUUUUUUUGAAGUGUCAUUGUAUCUACUGUAUUGCAAUUAAUAGAGAUUUUGGGGUUAUUGUGUGCGUGGGUUUGUGUUCUUUUACGUUUAGUUUGCAUCAGUGUUUUAUCUGUUGUUAUCUUGGGGCUAAUCUAACGUAUUAGAUGCAUAUUGGUGUAUAUCUAUCUUAGUACGUAUAUUUGCAUUUUGUUAAAGCAUAGCUUGCAGGAUAGAUUUAACGUUUUGUUUUAAGUAUCAAUAUAAAUUCUAUAUUCAACGACCCAUUUCAGACUAUUAAUUUCAGUAAUGCUAUUAGCACUUGAUAUUUUAGAUAAGCUAGCCAAAAUUUCGGGUUUGGGCAAAAGUCUCAAUUUGGGCGUCUCAUCUCAGUAACUACAGUGCUUAAAAUUGUUGUUUUUAUUUAAAUUCCCCCCUUAUUAUUGUAAUUGUACAUGAAAUACACACAUGAAAUUGUAUCAGGUAUAUUAAUGUGUUUAGUAAUGAAAACAACGAUACAAAAUGCACAUUUUGCUUGUUUCAAAAAGCGGACUGUUCUGAAUUACUAGGGCAUCCGUUCUCAUUUUGUGAGCGAUUAUUAUAUGGGUGUGUUCGUUCUCGUACCGGUCCCUGCUCUUUAAAGCGAGCGACACUGCGUUUAGUGCCUUUGAAAUGUGCUUCAGACCUUUAUAUCCCUUUUACAAACACUGCCUGCCAGCCUCUUCCUCUCUUUCAUGCUCCCUCGGAGGAGUGAAAGCAUAACUGCAGUGUUUGAUAGAUGCUGAUAACCUGAUAACCAAUAGCGAGUGUAGCUUGAUAGUCAUGCAAUGCAGUAAACACCUUUAAGGUAGAAAAAUGGAAGUUUGUUUCUCAAAAUUGUGGAAAGGAAAUCCAGUAAUGCUUGAUUAAUCUAUAUUUUUAUGACCAAUGACAAAAACAAUAAUGAAAUGAUAUCAGGGAUUGUUAUGAUCAUUGUUAUGCUGACUAAACACCCAAGACACGGUUUUCUCGUAUUUGGGGAGCUAUACAUGAUACACUGUGAAUGUAAACCACCAUUUGUCAAGUAGAAUGAACAUUGCCCUUUGUUAUCAGAGUUUAUUGCUUUAGUGGAGCCGACUUCAUGAAGAUGCAGUCCAAAAAGUGGUGUGGUUUUUCCACAUUAUGUCCCUAUAAUUUAUAUUUAGCAUGUAGCUCUAGAGACGAGUACUAAAUUGCUACUCAUGCGCACAUUAUAUGAAUUCACUGCAUUAAUUCACUGCUAGUAAACAUUUCAGAGAUGUUUUCAUUCUAACAAGGUCUACCAAACCCAACCUAAUGAGAGAGAAUCUUAGCACAAUUGCUAAGGACUGAGGGAUCUGCAAACUAAAGUUGAAAUGUCUUUGAAACUCCCAAACCAAACCGAUUUAAUUUGAGUUUGUUUUCUUUGAUUCAUGUUUUUCUUUGAGACAUUUCUUGUACAGUUAAUUCAGGGUCCUUGUAUUUGUCAUAUGUGCUACUGUGUAACACUUGCCGUAAGAUUUGGGGUUGGAUUGCUUUAGGUCUAUUUUUAACUCUUCUGCAGAUUAUAUUUUAGUAAAAGUUAAAUCUCACUGCAAGUUAUCGGUAAUAUUUAGAUUUAAGAGAUUUACUAAAUCUGAGCUGUUACUGUUUUCAUAUGUGUACCUUUUUUUUUCUUUUUUUUUCUUUUUUUUUUGUGGCUUUCUGAUUUCUGUUUGCUUUUGAUUUCUAUGCUACAUUAGUUUGCCAUGUAGCCACUGCACUGUGCAAUAUUCACUAUAUGAGGACUGG